AUGGGCUUCUUAUUUACUGAAGACUUCAACGGGAAGCUGUACGAGAUCUUAGAGGGAUACUGCGGGAAAGGGCUAACACUGAUGGUUUCUGGAGGCUCUCUGCAGCAAUGUUUAGACGAUCGAAGGUACUCUGACAUGGACACUUCUGGGUGGAAGAUAUUCUAUUCUGAUGAAAGAGCGGACCAGGACUAUCUGAACUACACCUCAUCACUGCCUUUCAUCAGUAGAACUAACGCAGAAAUACACAGGAUACAUACGUCAAGACCGCUGGAUGAGGCUGUUAGAAUGUACUCUGCAGAGCUGGUGGAUAUUGACAUAUGCCUCCUUGGAAUAGGUGGAGACGGGCAUAUAUGCUCCCUGCCUCCUGAGUGCCCUGAACUGAGCUCCAACGACUAUGUAGUAGCUCUGGAGGGAAGCUUUCCUGUGUCUCCAAAGAGAGUAACCAUCACGCCCAGGUUUAUCAACGAGAAGGUUGGGGAGUUGUACUUUGUAGUUCCAGGGAGCAAGAAAAAGGGGGUUUCUGCCCCAGACAGAAGCAUAGUCGAGAAGAUCAAGAAAGACUUUGUUGUGAUCUUGGAGAAGUGA